CAUCUACUGUUAUGGUAUAAUUGAAGCAUUUGCCUAUAAAAAUGAAUGAGAUUCAGAUACUAACCUAUGUUAGGUCCUUGAAAUUCCCUAAGACCCCAUCACGAAGUAUUCAAUUCCAUUCCCUUCGGAGUAUAAUGGCGUCUCUUAUCGGAAGAAUUCUUCUCUUCAACCUUAUUCCAUUUUAAUAUUGGUAGUUCCAUGAAUGAUGCUACCAAGCAGGGCCGAAAGCACUUCUGUAACAGUUUAUAGAUCCUUUUAUUCCAAAACUUGUCGAUGGCACAUACAUUCCCAGAGAUUGGAGUUACAGUACAGUGUGACGAUGCCACAUGCAUGAGACUUGUUUACAGAACAACAGGUCACUAUCAAGAAAACAGAGUUGGGAUUUCCCCUUAUCCAAACAAAUGUCAGAAGGAACUUUCUCUUUUUUAUCCAUGUAAAAGUUUCAAGCCGGUUCAUCCUUUUGGAUUAAACAAUGCAUUCCAUUUGUCCUCAACAGCCUAUAUAAAUAAGGGUGAUAAGAUUUCCAAAUCCAUAGCUAAGCCUCAGUACACAAACAAGCUUUCCGCAUUACCAGCCUGCUCACUUGCAUAGUUUUUCUGAAAAGCCUUUAGCUUUCAACUGGAUUUCAUUUCACCCUCAGCUACAUUGCAACUUAUUUUUCUGCUCUUCAUAUAGCAGUUGUUCCAAUCUUCUGCUUCUUUUUGUCAAAGCAUACGAACCUGAUUCAAAUGGAUAGGGUAAAAGAUUUGGCAUCAAAGAAGGCUGCUGUGAUAUUCACCAAGAGCUCAUGUUGCAUGUGCCACAGCAUCAAACAACUCUUCUAUGAGCUUGGUGCCAGCCCUGCAAUUCAUGAGCUUGACCAAGUUAGCAAUGGGAAGGAAAUGGAGUAUGCUCUACGAGGGCUAGGAUGUAAUCCCUCAGUCCCAGCUGUGUUCAUAGGAGGAAAGUAUGUAGGCUCAGCAAAAGACAUCAUAUCCCUCCAUGUUGAUGGGUCUCUCAAACAAAUGCUCAUAGAUGCCAAGGCCAUCUGGUUCUAGUAAUAGCAAAAGAAGUCUCAAUAUAUGCUAGUUAAACCUGUAGAAAUAUGAUAAAAGCUCUGAUACCAUGUUGAAAACAAUGUUUUAUAAGGCUUUUGAUUUUUCUUUA